AAAAUACCAAGAAAAAUUUUUGGUGUGAAUAGUUUUUUCUCGAUUUAUCCAUAAUAUUUUUGAUAAUGAAUUUUCAGCAUAAAUGGCAAUCAAAUUAGCUCCAAAAUUGACCGCAUCUUUGAGAUUUGUAUUCGAAGAUUUGUUAUAAAUUUCUAAAACGUUCGUUUAACAAAAUCGUACAUCAAAACAUGGAAGAUCUAGUAGCACCUAUUAUCGAUAUAAAAUUCGAUAUUGAAAGAGAUCUUGAUGAACAGAUUGGAGCAUUACCAUUACCAUUUCCAGGUAUGGAUAAAUCUGGUUCGGCUACCUGUGUGUUCCAUAUUCGUGGUAUUUGUCAACGUGGAUCAAUGUGUCCAUAUCGACAUAUUAAACCGGAUCGUACAGUUGUUUGUAAACAUUGGCUUCGUGGUCUAUGCAAAAAAGGUGAUUCAUGCGAAUUUUUGCAUGAAUAUAACAUGUCCAAGAUGCCUGAAUGUUAUUUCUAUUCAAAAUUUCGUGCCUGCAGUAAUAAAGAAUGUCCAUUUUUACAUAUUGAUCCGGAAACAAAGAUAAAAGAUUGUCCUUGGUAUGAUCGUGGAUUCUGUCGCCAUGGCCCCAAUUGUCGUCAUCGUCAUACACGUCGUGUUGCAUGUCUAAAUUAUCUUUGUGGAUUCUGUCCGGAUGGUCCUGGCUGUAAAUUUAUUCAUAUGCGUUUCGAUAUACCUAUAAGUGCAGCAAAUUCAACCGAUCCAUCAGCACCGAAAAAACCUGGUGUUAUUUGUCAUUAUUGUAAUGAAGUUGGCCAUAAAAUUUAUACAUGUAAUCAGAUUCCACCUGAACAGCGGGAUGAACUUAUUCAAAGAUUUAGCGAACAGUAUAACUUUCACUAUGUUAGUCAUGAAAAUCGUCAUUAUCAAAAUCAUCAUCAUCAUCACCAUCAACAACAACAACAACAACAACAUCAGCAGCAGCAGCAACAACAACAACAACAACCACAACAGCAACAACAACAAUCAAAUAAUUCUGAUGAGCAGACAAAUCAACCGAAACCUAAACCAUCAUAUCGGCCAUUAGAUCAAGUUACCUGUUUUAAAUGUGGUGAAAAAGGACAUUAUGCAAAUAAAUGUCCAAAAGGCUAUCUUGCAUUCCUAAGUCCGGCACUGAAAGAUUUACAUCAGAAACGUAAUCAACAAUCAUCGAAUAAUGCCAGCAUGGAUCAAUCAGAAUCUUAAUCAUAUUUGUAAAUAUAUUAAUUUUGAUAAUGAAUUCGGGUGGUGGAGUGUGUGUGGAGAAAACACAAACAACAACAAAUUUUGCAUCAUUCAUUCAUAUUAUAUCAUUUAAUAAUUAUCA